GGACUCGACCCAAUCAGCCAUCAACGAGAUCAUGCAUAAACUCAGCGAGCAAUCGCUUCAGUCGCGCGACACCGUCGAAUUCGCGCCAUGGGCGACAUCCCCACCACCGUCACGUCCGCCCUCGAGUCACGGUACCGACGAACAAAUGCCAUAUACCUCGUCAAGCGCCUCUUCUUCCUCGACCUCUCUACCGAACCUAUACGCUGUCUCAAACAGCAAAGGAUUCGCCUGCAGAAGGUUACAACGACAAUUGAACGUCCAGCUCCAGAGCUCACCAACGCACAUCCGCGAUAUCCAGACGCUAUUCGAAGAGAUGGUCGCUUCGAACUCACACUGCCUAGUCCACAAACCGUCCUCCACAUCCUAUCGCUCCUCACCACCGCCACCACGACCUAGCAGGCCCGUUGGGCUAAUCGUCGAUCCGAUGGACUUCGACAGCCCGCCCAUCCCGGAUAUCACCAUAGACGAGGGCUUCCACGAACCAGACCACUUCGAAGAGGAGAUUACCUUCAGGAGAGCAAGCGCCCCCUCUGGGAUCCGCAAAUACAACACCCUCAAAUGGUCCCGGAGUGCAAACUGCGUGGUAAUGGGCGGGCGACUGAUAGUCCGCUCCGUGCCGCGGAUGCGAAAGCGACGAGGGCCCAAUGCCUAAACCACUACGAAUGUUGCGCUUCACUCACCAAUGGCGCACGCUGUACAUCAUAUCAUAUCAUAUUUAUCCACAUAUCAUCAAACCUUAUUCUAUCUACAACCUAGGAUCCGGGGGAAGCAGGCGCAAAGGGGUGUCCAAAAUACCUGAACAAAGGGUUCAGGACCAGGACCAGGGAAUCGGCGUCACGGGAUAGACGGUAACGCGCAAGCAAGCAUCGCAGCGAAAUAGCAGGAGCGAGGUCUGGCGUAUAGGUGGUUUAUAUUAUGGGGUAGUAGGCGUAGGCGUAUAUCUAUCUAUUUAAUAUCCAAGGAACUAUCUUGGCUAGGUAGGUAGCUGAGAAAUUCCCACCAGCUGUUGUAUAUAUAUUUUUUAUUUUGUCCGAGCCUCUAUAGAUAGGAUAG